AUGGCACUACUACUUGGUGCGGUGAUCAUGUAUGUGGCUCUCAUACUUGCCACGCCGAAAGAGGUACAGAUGACAGCCGCAGAGUGCACGUAUAUCACGGCAGAGGAGCCGAAUGAUCCCACUCCUCUGCCCCGGCUGACGGAGGAGCCCACAGUCCAGCUCACCGUCGUAGUGCCCAUGUACAAUGAGGCGAAGCGACUCGGGUCGAUGUUGGAUGAUGCACUCACCUGGCUCGAAAGUGUACGAAAGUCGGGUGAGCCGCUAGCACAGCCAGCGCCGCAAGCGUUGCCUAACUAUGUAACCACGCCGGCCGCAGAGGCGGCAGCGCCGUUAACACAGCCACUCCGCACGUACGAAGUGCUGCUAGUCGAUGACGGUUCGCAGGACAGAACGUGUGAAGUGGCCAUGACGUAUGCACAUGAGCAUCCGCUAGCUCCUGGUGCGGAAGUGCGUCUGACGCGUAUGCACUACAAUCGCGGAAAGGGCGCAGCUGUGCGGCACGGAGUGAUGCAUGCACGGGGAGCCUUUAUUUUGUUCGCUGAUGCAGAUGGUGCAACGCGAUUUUCAGACCUGGCGAAAGUAGCACGGGAAAUGAGCCGCAUACUGACGCCGAUGGGCCAGGGGAUUGUGGUUGGAUCACGCGCGCACCUCGUGACGAGUGAGGCUGUGGUGAAGCGGAGCUUUCUACGGAAUUUGUUGAUGCGCUGCUUUCAUGUGAUUUUGUCGGUGCUGAUGCGGCCACCCAGCAUCGCGACGAUAUGGCCGCGCGUGGUUCCAUCAGGAGCCAAGGUGCAGAGGCUCCCACAACAGCCCGAGAUCCUCGACACGCAAUGCGGCUUCAAGCUAUUUUCGCGAGCGACGGCCCAGCUGUUGUUUCCACUCGCCCAUAUUGACCGCUGGAUCUUUGAUGUGGAGCUGCUUCUCUUGGCUGAAAUGGCGUGCCGAGUGAGUGAAGCACAGCACGUGCUUCGGCCUGAGUCCCAGCGUGGAGACGGGCAUGAUACCCUACUGCGUCUGCCGCUGCCCAUUUCCGAGGUUGCUGUGCACUGGACUGAGAUUGACGGUAGCAAAAUCCACCUCCUUUCCGAUUCUAUGCGCAUGGGCCGCGACCUAAUUGUGAUCCGACUCAACUACUGGCUUGGUCGCUGGCGGAGUCCGCCUAGUAUCUAUGCACGACUUUGA